AUGCCUCAGUACAACGUUACCUUGAAGGAGGGUGCUCCGGAGGAGGAAUUUGAGAAGGCCAAGUCCGCGGCACAGGAAAAGGGCGGUACCAUCACGCACGAAUACAGUCUCAUCAAGGGCUUCAUUGUUGAGUACCCAGAAGAUCACGUGGGUACCCUCGAGUCCAGUGAGCAUAUCCACGUCGAGCAGGACGGUGAAGUGAAGACCCAGUGA